UCAGUAUGGCGAUAGUUUCAAUCGAUAUCUCCUUCGGCUGUCCAUGGAAACAGAACUAAAGAGAGGAGCUUACCAUUUUUCCAAUACGAAAGCGAGGUCUAUUGUUGCUAUUGGAAAAUAUAUGCUGAAGGGAAGGUUAUUGGUGACGUCACGAAUCACGUGGCUGAUUCUCCAAUAUUCAGUUCCAGUGACAUAAACACAUCAAUGAUCAGUGCUCUAUUUGGAAGAAACUAAAAGAUUCAAGUUAGAUUUAAAAAAAAAACAGAAACGGAGGUACACAGAAGAACAAAAUAUUAAGCUAACAGAGAAUCGAUAUUCUUUCUUUUGGACGUUGGUGAGAUGAAAAUUAGGACAUGGAAUCGUAACGUACUCUUAACAGUGGUAUUAGGGGUUUUAUUUCUGGGAUUCUCAACGGCAUGGGGUAGGGAAGUUUCCACCAAUCACUGGUAUGUGGAAUUAGAUGGUGAUGGGGGGAUAGAAGCAGCAAGGGAAGUGGCCAAAAGAACUGGAUUUACAUACGUCAGACCGAUUUUAGGUUCUUCAAAUGAAUUUCAUUUUGUGCAUUCCGCUGUGCCAAACAUCAGGACCAAACGAAGUAUUGGCCAUACGAGAUUACUUAAAGCGCAUCCAAAGGUGAAACGGGCUAUUCAACAGACAGGUUAUCUUCGAGUUAAGAGAGGAUUCAAGCCAAGAAUAACCGGAGUUCCAGUAUCUGAAAUUAAGCUUAAAUUACAGUCAAUGGAUGACAAUAAAUUCAAAGAUAUUAACAUCAACAUUGACAACAACAAAAGUCCAACAGAUCCCCUGUUUAAGAAAGAAUGGUUUUUGAAAAACGUAGGACAGUCUGGUGGAAUUCCUGGGUUGGAUCUGAAUGUUGAGGCCGCCUGGGCCCGAGGCUUUACUGGUAAAGCCAUCACGACUGCCAUCAUGGACGACGGUAUCGAUUAUCUACACGAGGAUCUCCGACAUAGUUAUAAUGCCAAAGCCAGUUACGAUUUUAGCAGCAAUGAUCCAUAUCCAUACCCCCGCUAUACUGAUACCUGGUUUAACAGCCAUGGUACAAGGUGUGCUGGUGAAGUUUCUGCUGCCAGAGACAAUAAUAUAUGUGGAGUCGGCGUAGCCUAUAACUCGCGCGUAGCAGGUCUACGAAUGUUAGAUCAGCCUUUUAUGACUGAUCUUAUAGAAGCUAACGCCAUGGGUCAUAUGCCCAAUGACAUUGACAUUUACAGCGCCAGUUGGGGGCCAACGGAUGAUGGCAAAACUGUUGACGGACCUCGAAAUAUGACCAUGAGAGCCAUUGUGAAAGGCGUAAACGAGGGAAGACGUGGAUUGGGUAACAUUUAUGUAUGGGCUUCCGGUGACGGGGGAGCAGACGACGAUUGUAACUGCGAUGGGUAUGCCGCUAGUAUGUGGACAAUUUCUAUCAACUCCGCCACCAACGACGGACAGACAGCCGGAUACGAUGAAUCUUGUUCUUCUACUCUCGCCUCUACAUUCAGUAAUGGCAAAAGCACUUUAAGAGAUGCUGGAGUGGCUACAACUGAUUUGUAUAACAACUGUACCACAACUCACUCGGGAACGUCUGCAGCCGCACCGGAAGCCGCUGGUGUUUUUGCACUAGCGCUUGAAGCAAAUCCCAAACUGACCUGGAGAGACAUGCAGCACCUGACAGUAUUAACCUCCAAGAGAAACAGCCUGUUUGACCCUUUUCUGAAGCACCACUGGAAGUACAACGGAGCGGGACUGGAGUUCAAUCACUUGUUUGGUUAUGGAGUUUUAGACGCUGGUGGUAUGGUGGAUUUGGCACAAAAAUGGAAACCGCUUCCAGAACGAUUCCACUGCACAGCAGGGAGCGUCAAGAGAGAAGUGAAAUUUGGAACAGAGCAACCCAUUGAGUUAAAAAUAGACACAGACGCUUGCAAGGGAAGUGACAAUGAAGUAAACUACCUGGAGCAUGUGCAAGUCUUCGUCACACUGAAAGCAUCUUACAGAGGAAAUGUCGUUAUGUUUGUGACGUCACCAAUGAACACAACAACUAUGGUGCUGAGUCAGCGGCCAAAUGACGAUGACCACAAGAAUGGUUUUACUCGAUGGCCAUUCAUGACGACCCAUACGUGGGCGGAGAACCCGCGAGGUCUUUGGAAACUACAGAUCUCGAUGGCCCCCGGAAAGAACAAUGCCAUGGAUACAGGGACCUUCUUUGAGUGGACUUUGAUUCUACACGGCACAAAGGAAGCACCGUACGACAAACAAGUCGAGGAUGAGGAAAAGCAUGUCAAACUUUACAAAGUUAAAAGGAUUCAUGCCGCCAUGAAAAAGGCAUAAAAAUCAAUCUAGAUGUUCUUUAGAGCCGUUGUUAGUAAAAAAUAAAAGAGAGAGAAUAUCAUAUGAAAUUCAAAAAUAAAAUAAAUAGCACUGCUCUAAAUAUAUUAUGUGCAAACUGAAACUAUUCGAAUUUGUUGUGCUUAAAAAUAAAUCCCCAAUUUCAUAGGUGAUCUUGUCGUAAAUAAAGGGCACACUUUUUCCACCUUUUUGGUUAUAGUGCAGUCGAAUUCCCUUUAAAAGUAAACUUGAAAACACAAGCCAGUAUUGUUGAUAUUGAAAGAAAUUGUAUAUUCGCAUCGUCCAUCAUUUUGUCAGGAGUUAGAACAGAAUAAGUUAUUAAAGGAAUUUUGUUGUUAUUAAUUGUUGUUAAUGUUGUUGUUAACAAAGUCUGGCAUAAUUUUUUUUUCAUUUUAAUGGUUAAUUCAAAUAUCAAAAUAUUUUUCACAUUAAAUCCAUUCUUACGCAUGCAGUAUUAAUUUUUGAUUCGAAUUUUGUUCCCUGAAUGGGAAACUUAAGGACCUUUUGAAUUCUUUAAGAAAACAAUUGUUUUGCAAUAAUGAAAGGUCAAUUGCGGAUCAAUGAAGAAUGAAAUAUUCCUGUCAAAUUAUUUUGAUGAUAUAUAAAUACUACAAGAUCGACAAAACAUUGGUUUACAUACAUUUGCUGUAUACAUUUUGUUGUUCUACAACUUUUAAAACAGUUAUUUGCCAAAUAGAAAAAAUAAAAUAAAAUUCAAUGCACUAACAUCUUUAAAAUUACCAUUCACAUGAAUGUUCAUUCAGCCAAAUUCUAUGUAUGCAAUUCGAUGAUUUUAUAAUUUGAUUUUUAUGCAAAUAGACUCCAGAAAAAAAUUUGUAAAUUUAUUUUUCAUAAAUAUUUAAGGUGACACGAUGAUAAAUCAAAGUGAAAGAUUGGCAUUAUCUCAAUAUUUGAAAAUUAUCUAAUAAAUAUAAUCUUUCUAAACA